AUGCCGUUCGAGGGUGCGUACAACCCGCGCCGCCUCCGCAAUUGGGAGGUCCCCGAGCGGUGGCCUUCAAAGCGAGCCGCCUUCGGCAGAGAUCAGCAUCAGCCGCGACCCAUAGCCAACGACAGGGGGCACCUGCUGCCGGGGGUCCCCAGGGGUCCACGAGGGCCCUGGGGCUGCUACCGAGGCACCUGGGAACUGCCGAGGCGCAUCACCAGGAAGCAAGCUGAGGAGCUGUCGGUGGUGAACCCCCCGGUCCGCCCGCCACCCGUGGAGCCCAGCUCGUGGCAGAAGCGGUCCGCCUCCAGUGUACCAGUGCCGGAGAGGUCGCAGGCCGCGCAGGAGGCGAUAGACCGGGCGGCGGAGGCGGCGCCACAGCCUCAAGAGGACCAGCAGGAGGCGGGGCCGUCAUCAUCAUCAUCCCCAUCAUCAUCAUCAUCCCCAUCAUCAUCAUCAUCCCCAUCAUCAUCAUCCCCAUCAUCAUCAUCCCCAUCAUCAUCAUCCCCAUCAUCAUCAUCCCCCCCACCACCAUCAUCCCCACCGCCACCAUCAUCCCCAUCAUCAUCAUCAUCCCCAUCAUCAUCAUCAUCCCCAUCAUCAUCAUCAUCCCCAUCAUCAUCAUCAUCCCCAUCAUCAUCAUCAUCCCCAUCAUCAUCAUCAUCCCCAUCACCAUCAUCCCCACCAUCAUCCCCACCGCCAUCAUCAUCAUCAUCAUCCCCAUCAUCAUCAUCCCCAUCAUCAUCAUCAUCAUCCCCAUCAUCCCCAUCAUCAUCCCCAUCAUCCCCAUCAUCAUCCCCAUCAUCCCCAUCAUCAUCCCCAUCAUCCCCAUCAUCAUCAUCCCCAUCCCCAUCAUCCCCAUCAUCAUCAUCCCCAUCAUCAUCAUCCCCAUCAUCAUCAUCCCCAUCAUCAUCAUCCCCAUCAUCAUCAUCCCCAUCAUCAUCAUCCCCAUCAUCAUCAUCCCCAUCAUCAUCAUCCCCAUCAUCAUCAUCCCCA